AUGAAGACUGAAGGAGCCACCUACAGCACCAGAGAGUGUGCUCUGGGCAUAGAGAGCGCCCUGGCCCUGAUGCAGCUCAUCGAGGGGGGACGGGGCUGUGAGGUGGUGGAGGAGAUCAGACGCUCCAAUCUGGAGGGCCGCGCUGUCCGUGCCAACCCCAGCCUCUUCGCCCUGGCUGUCUGCUCGCAGCACGCCGACUGCAGGACCAGGCAGGCCGCCUUACGGGCGCUGAAAGACCUGUGUCGGACGCCCGCGCAGCUCUUCACAUUUGUGCAGUAUAAGAAAGAGCUGAGACAGGGCUCUGGGAUGUGGGGCCGGGCUCUGCGGAGGGCCGUGACGGACUGGUACAACAGCCAGGACGGGAUGAGCCUGGCGCAAACCGUGACCAAGUGCAAGCACAGAGUGGGCUGGUCCCACCAGGACCUCCUCAGGCUGUCCCACAUGAAGCCGGCCAAUGACACUGUUGCAGUUGUUUGCAAAUACAUCACGCAAGGCUGGAAAGGGGUUCAGGAAGCGUAUGGUGAUAAAGAGACCUCCGAGGAUGUGCAGAAGGUUUUUGCGUAUCUGGAGGCUGUGGAGAAAGCCAAGCGCUGCACUGAUGAACAGGAGCUCAUUCAUCUCAUUGAGGAGCAGAGGCUGGAGAAAGAGCAGAUCCUGACCAACCACCUCAAGUCCAAAGAGGUAUGGAAAGCAUUGCUGAAAGAGAUGCCCAUGGCUGUUUUAUUGAAGCAUUUGGGGAAACUGACAGCAAACAAGGUUCUGGCAGCAGGAAGUGCGGAUGUUGCAGCUGUUUGUGAGAGGAUUCAGGAUGAGACGGCUCUGAAAAAGGCAAAAACACACCCGUUCAAGAUUCUUGUGGCGUCUGAAAACUAUAAGAGAGGUCAUGGGAAGCGUAGCAAACUGAAAUGGGAUCCGGACAGAGACAUUGUUCAAGCCCUGGACCUCGCCUUCAGCAAAAGUAGUUCAACUGUGGAGCCCACAGGCAAGAGGUUUCUGGUGGCAGUGGAUGUAAGUUCUUCUCUGAGCAGCGUGACUCACGGCAGCUCCAUCAGCACUGUGGCAGUGGCAGCGGCCAUGUGUUUGGUGAUUGCACAGACGGAGCCAGACGCACAGAUUGUGGUUUUCUCUGAAGGAAGCGUUCGUCCCUGCGCUGUCUCUUCUGAUAUGACAUUUAUGCAAGUAGCAGCACAGCUCAUCCAGACACCUGGUGGCAGCACAGACUGUGCCUUACCCAUCACCUGGGCCUCAGAGAAUGAUAAAUCUGUGGACGUCUUCAUCAUUUUCACUAAUAAUCAAACGUUUGGGAGGAAAAAUCCAGCAGACACACUGAAGACGUAUAGACAAAAAAUCGGUUUAUUUUCCAAACUGAUUGUGUGCGGAUUGAUUGCCAACUCCUUGUCCGUCGCUGACCCUGAAGACCGCGGCAUGCUGGACAUCUGCGGCUUUGACUCGCAAGCAGUUGAUGUCAUCCGUAACUUCGCACUCGAUGUCAUUUAAAAGCUGUUUGUUUUGUAGCAUGCAGUCAGUUUUCUGAAAGGACAAUGAGACAUGGAUGCGACCCACAUCAACAUGCAAAAAAAUUUUCAACAUUUUAAUUUGGAAAUCAUGUUUUUGCAGUUUAGAAUGGAGUCCAAAUCUAAUUGAAUAUCCAGCAGGCUGGAGUAGUUGCAGUGAAAAUCACGGAGAGCAAAUUCACAAAAUGACGAUUAUGUUUACUGAUAUUCAUUCAGUAUACUCUAUGUUUUUAACCUGGUCCAGUGAAAUAAUGCGAAUUUCUGAGAAGAGCAUAGCUGAAGUACAUGUUUUUGUGUCUCUGACCUUCAUUGGAAGUAAUGUACUAUAUUUUUAGAGGCCUGUGUCUCCACUCAUGUUAUUUUCUGUGUCAUGAGAUGCUAUAAAAAUAUCACACAUCAAGCUGAAAGUGCUCCUUAGGUCUUCCACAAAAAUCAGAGAGAAAUAUAAAGCAAAAUCCAUUUGCGAGGGCAUUGAAAUGGAAAUCGAGCAAUCUGAUGUUCUCUGAAACCCGUGUAGCCUAAAUGACUAGACUCAUCGGUAAUGUUUUAAUGUUGAAAUACCUCAAGUGUUCUGUGGUCCAGUAACUAUUUGAUAUACGAUCGCAAAUAACCAUUUAUUAUGAUUCAAGAGAGGCUUGACACUUAAGUCUGUUUAAGACUUACCUGAAUAUUUAGCAGUUUGCUCUUUGGCACACUUUUGAUGAACUAAAUAACAUUUCAGAAUUGUGAAAACGAGGUGAAUGGAUUGAAUUAUAGCGCUUGUUAAUGGAUCUUGCUUCUAGAUUCAUUUUAUAUGUGUAGAAAGUUACUUUUUUUGCAUUUUCUUUUGCUCUUUGUGCCUCUUAGUGUCAAAUCGAGGUUAUAAGUUUGCUACUGCUGCUAGGAUGAUUAUUACAUGAGGAAAAAGUAGGCACAAACUAACAAACACUAAAACUUCUGUAGACAAUUACAUCCUGUUCCUUUUGAGAUACAGUACUGAAUGUACCUAUUUGUGUAAUAUUACAGAUAAUUUAGAUCUAAAAUUCUUGAAUUAUGGGAUAAUAAAUAUGACCGAUAAUGAAAGGCUGUGCUCUCAUGGAUGUUACAAAAUUGGGAUACAAAUUUAAAUUUAUUUGCCACGUUUUUAUUGAAUUUGUUGUUAUACUGUAGUUAACAUGAUAGCAAGUUACCAAAGUUUAUUUAAUUUUUUAAUAUAUAUUGCUCAAUACAUUUGUUUCAUAAGGUGACCUCAUAAAGUUUAUUAACACUAUUAAAAUAAUAAUAAAAUAGUCUUUGAAGCCAAAAAUGCUGUUCAAAUUUAUACUUCACAU